CGCGUGCUCGUGCGCGCGCUCCCGCCCUCCCGUCGCGCGCCCAGCAGCCGAGCCGAGCCGCCGUGCGUCCGCGUCUCCCUUGCACGACUCCGCGUGCCUCCUCCUCCUCCCCACCCCGUGCACUACCCGCGCGCUUCCUUCUACCCGUGCACUACCGGCGUAACCGCGCGUGCGCCUCCUCCUCCUACCCGUGUAGCCGCGUGCGUCCGCGCGUCUCAGCGUUACCCGCGUGCGUUCGUGCAAUACUCGCGUACCGGUGCGUCUUUGCUUUAACCGCGUGCCCGUGUACCCCCCGUGUACCCCCCGUGUACUCCCCGUGUACCCUCCGUGUGCGCACGAGCGGGCAUCGCAGUGCGUGCACCAACGACCGCUCCGCCGCAGCGUUCGACGCGUCCUCCUCCUCGUCGUCUUCGUCGUCCUCCUCCGCUUCCUUUUCAAUUCCUGCUCGCCCGUCUUCGUCUAUUUCUCAUCAUAAUCGCCGUCAUCGCCAUCGUCAUCGCCGUCAUUAGCGGCACCCCUCUCUGCGUGAAGGCAGAAUCGCGUGGAGCACGUUCUCUGUACCCUCGUCCUCGAUUUGGUCCUUCUCGGGGUUUCUUCUUUCUUCAAUCAUCUUCAUCAUUUUCGUAAUUAUCAACCACCUCGUCAACGUCACCUCAUCGCCACCUCCUCCCAGUUUGACCUCGAGCAGAGAGCAUCGCUUCACGUCGAGCGCAAGCAAAUAUCGCCGGCCAUUUAAACGCAAGUCACCAUUACAACAACCACCAUCACCGCAAUCAAAACCACCUAACAACCCGAACAUCGCAAAGACCACCACCACUGUCACCAUCGCAUACUCCACCAACACUCAAGCCUAGCUCACCACCACCUCCACCACAACAACCACAACCCGGACACCAUCACGGCAACACCACCGUUAUCGCCACCGCAACGCGACCACCACAACCUCCGCCACCACUACAACUACCACUACCGCCACAUCCACACUAACACCGCCGCUAUUACCACUACGAUCACCCUGACACCACGGCGACCACCUUUGCCGAAAGAGCGCUACCACAACCACCAUAACCCGAACGUAACCUACCCCUUCACUCAAAUACCAACACCACCACCACUACAACCGCUACCAACACACUACCAAUAUAAUCUUCACCACCACCACCAUCCUUACAGCGCCACUGCCUUCCCCAUAACCUCACCACCACUAUCAAGUUCACCAUCUUCACGCGAUCAUUUCGAUAAAUACCACCAUCACUCUACCACCGUAAACCCACCACCACUGUUUUCAGCACAUUGACGCCACUACCCUACCACUCUACCACCAGCACCACAAUCAUCUUCAGAACCUCCUUCACUCUACUACUACCACCAGCACCAUGUCGGUCUUCCGAGGCCACCUGACCCACGCGGCCACGAGCGCGCGCCACAAGGCGGAGUCCCGCGUGAGCGGCCUCCUGGCCCGCCUCGGGGUGCAGGCCACGGCCGGUGAGGAGUCCGUGGGCUUCGCGUCGUGCGACUCGCUGGACCGCGACCACCGGCACGGCCUCGCCAUGGACGAGCUGGGAGGAGGAGGAGGGGGAGGGGACGACAAUCAAGACGGCAGCGGCUCCCCGUGCGCCGAGGGCGACGUUCGCUACCAGAGGGGCGGCGGUGGAGGCGCGGCCCCCCCGCGGAGGAGCCCCAUGAGCAGGGCCUCCUCGACCGACAGCCUCGGGGCCGACGGGGGCCCUCGCAUCACGGCGUGGGACGCGGGGUGGAACGUCACGAACGCGAUACAGGGGAUGUUCGUGCUGGGCCUGCCCUACGCCGUGCUGCACGGCGGGUAUCUUGGCCUCUUCCUCAUCAUCUUGGCAGCCGCCGUGUGCUGCUACACGGGCAAGGUGCUGGUGGCGUGCCUGUACGAGGAGGAUGAGGACGGCACGCUGGUGCGCGUGCGCGGCUCCUACGUGGAGGUGGCGGACGCCUGCUGCGCCCCGCGCUUCCCGCGCCUGGGCGGCCACGUCGUGAACGGCGCGCAGCUCAUCGAGCUCGUCAUGACGUGCGUCCUCUACGUGGUGGUCAGCGGCAACCUCAUGGUCAACAGCUUCCCCGAGCUCGGCGUCUCGCAGAAGGCCUGGUGCGUGCUCGCCACGGCGGCGCUGCUGCCCUGCGCCUUCCUGCGCAGCCUCAAGGCCGUGUCGCGCUUCAGCAUGCUGUGCUCGGCGGCGCACGCGCUCAUCACGCUGCUCGUCAUGGGAUACUGCCUGAGCAGGGCGCGCGACUGGGCGUGGGACAAGAUGAAGUUCUACGUGGACGUCAAGACGUUCCCCGUGUCCGUGGGCAUCAUCGUGUUCAGCUACACGUCGCAGAUCUUCCUGCCGUCGCUCGAGGGCAACAUGAGGGACCGCUCGCAGUUCAGCCCCAUGAUGGACUGGUCGCACAUCGCCGCGUGCGCCUGCAAGGGCAUCUUCGCGCUCGUCGCCUACCUCACCUGGGCCGACGACACCAAGGAGGUGAUCACCGACAAUCUUCCGCCCACCUUCCGCGCCGUCGUCAACGUCUUCCUGGUGGCCAAGGCGCUGCUCUCAUACCCGCUGCCGUUUUUUGCCGCCGUCGAAGUCCUCGAGACGCUGUUCUCCAAGGCUCCCACCGCCUCGCCGGCCGCGGCCGGGGCCGCCGCGACGCCGCCGACGGCGCCGCCGCCGCCGCCGACGCCGAGCCCGCCGCUCACGCCGUCGGAAGGGUCGCGGCUCGCCGCCGCCGCCGGCUCCGGCUCCUCCUCCUUCGCCACCGAGAAGGCCGCGGGGGAAGCCGACGGCGCGGCGACCUCGGUCGAGGUCCCCGCAGCAGCCGGGCCUCGCGUCGGGCAGCAGGGCCCGUCGUGGACCCUCGGCGCGGGCCCCGCGUACCUCCAGGCCUGGACCCUGGGCAUGCGCUGCGCCCUGGUGGUGCUGACUCUGCUCAUGGCCGUGUUCAUCCCGCACUUCGCCCUCCUCAUGGGCCUGACGGGCAGCCUCACGGGAGCGUCGCUCUCCUUCCUGCUGCCCUGCAUGUUCCACGUGCGCCUGCUGUGGCGCAAGCUCAAGUGGCACCACGUGCUGUUCGACGCCACCAUCUUCGUGGUGGGCGUCGUCGUGAGCAUCUCGGGGAUGGUGCACUCGCUGCAGGGCCUCGCCGAGGCCUUCCGCACGGGCCGCGAAGACUGACGAGGCGCGCGCAAUCGGCCGCAACGCGCGCCUGAUCUGCCACAAUGAGCGCAAUCAACCGCACGCGUGCAAUCAACCAAGCACACGUGUUCAGCCAAACACACGUGCAAAAAACACCAACACCUACACCGCACGGACAAGUACACAUACACCUACACGAACAUGGACACUUACACUGCGCGAAUACGUAAACAAACACGAACACCUACACCACACAAACACCUACACCACACAAACACCUACACCACACAAACACCUACACCACACAAACACCUACACCACACAAACACCUACACCACA